AUGGGGAAGCGAAAGUCGGCUGCGAAGCCCGAGGCGAGGAGGGUUCAGAAGGUCCCGACGACUUUCAACUGCCCGUUCUGCAAUCACGAGGCCAGCCUCGAGUGCAAACUGGACCGAAAUGCAGGCAUAGGGACGGUGUCGUGCCGCGUGUGCUCCGAGCAGUACCAAACCACCAUUGACAAUUUGAGCGAGCCAAUUGACCUCGCGUACACCCUGACAAGCUCUAGCUUCCCCCGUCUGAGCUCGACUCCACAGCGGAACCCUAGAGUUCAAAAGGAUACAGACUCUUCAAGAUACCUGCCUAGUGUUGCUGCCGUACAGCCAUCUCUACGCCGCCUCUUCGUGAAACCGGCCACCAUCCCUCACGUUCCGUCGAUUAAUCUUUCCAGCGAAGCGCUCACCAUGACGGACGUCAGCAGUGCGCUUCGGGAGCAGCAGAAGCUGCUGCAGUCGGCCCGCGCAUUGACGCACAUGAAGGGUCCCGGCGAUCGGAUCACGAGCGUCGUCAUCCCGUCCGUGCUCGCACUGACCGCCGCCGCGCUCAUUGGCAGGGGCUUGUUCAACAUGUCUUUUGGGAUCGGCAAGAAAGAGUGA